AUGUGACAUUGUGAAAGUGGCAGAUAUCGAUAGUAUGGUUUUUAAAAUUUUUAGCACCCUACUCUUCUAUUCCACCAUCUCAGAUGACAGUUCCUGACCCCCACAUCAUUGAGUUCGAUUUGAACUCUAUCUCAUCUUAUGCAUAUGCAUCAGAUCUUUUGGAUCAUGACACUGAUCCAGCGUAUGAUUUAUUAUCACUUCCCCAGUUCGAGAGUCCUCUAGUCCCUCCUGAUUUUCAAUGGCACCAAGUUGAGUUGGUAUCGACGCGCAUACCUUCAAGUUCUCCCCAAGAAUCAGUGUCCUCCUCGUAUGCUUCCACUUCCUCGGCAUCAAGUAUCAAUUCCGAAAAAUUGGGUUCCGAACUUCCCUUCCCAUCAUCCUUUCCUUCCUCCGCAGCUCUCGCGAGCAUGCCCAUACCAUGUUCUCGUGGCUACUCGCGUAGCAAAGACCCAGAUCACGUCCCACGUCCGCGGAAUGCUUUUAUGCUCUUCCGCUCCGCCUUUGCCGCCGCGCAGAAAAUCGGAACAAAUAUCGAGCGUGACAAUCGACACAUCACGCGUAUAAUCGCGCACUGUUGGAAUCGCCUCUCCGAGUCAGAGAAACAGGUUUGGCGCAAUAAGGCUGCAACGGAGAAAGCCGUCCAUGCCAUGAAGUACCCAAAUUACAGAUUUCAUCCUGUCUUGCGUGCCAAAAAGCCUACCAAACGAAGAGUUCAGAGGAACGGCACAAAAGACAAGAGACGCUGCGAGCAAGUCGCUGAACUGCUUCUUGCAGGCAAGCAUGGCGAAGAACUCGAGGUCGCAGUCAAGGAAAUCGACGACACUAUGAAAGUGACGACUUCCACAUCAUCCCCUGGUUCAAGAAGUGUGUCAGCAUCCGAGGGCAUGCAAUCUUGUGAAGGCGACUUUGAUGGAUGCGAGAUACAACCAUUCCGCAGUCCCCUUUUGCCACCUACUAGCAAGUCUACUAGUCCUUCGAUCCACGAUAUUACAGGUGCCACUCAACGUUCUCCACCGCUCGCGAUGAUUAAGACCAUCCCAAAAUCUUACGAAUGUAGCGAGCAGCUCUACCAGGCGCCGUAUGACACAAAUCAAUCAACAUUGAGUGCUUCUCCGGCGCAUCCAUUGCUCCUUACCCAGCCUGAUUUCCAUCCUCUGUACCCACGCGCCCGGCUCUCACCGCUACCUGUGCCACUCUAUAGCGAGCCCUCAACCUUGUUCAUAAACUACGCAGAGAACGACGACGACAACAUCUCCGCAUUGUCUCCCUCCCCUCCAGACUUUUCUGCCUUCUCAUGGGAUACAUUUUCAACGUCAUGCUAUACUACUAAUUCAUCUCACUCAUACGCAACUUUUCCGUCCUAUUGAACGUUUGUUGUGAUUCAAUAUUAUUACUUCGCUUCCUCGCAUUCAUCUGUAGCCUUUUACCUUUACUCUGCGAUC